UGCCCUGCCCUGAGGGCCCACCUCUGGAGGUUGGGGGCAGAACAGGUGCAGAGGCACUGCAGCCACUCCUUGCCCAGCCUCCUGAAUGAUGCCAGCCCAAUGUUCCCUCACCUUCAGCCUGGCCCUCCUACUGCUGCUGGGCACAGUCAGAGCAGGCCCUUUCUCUUCACGCUCCAACAUGACGCUCCCAGCCCCACGGCCCCCUCCUCAGCCAGGGGGCCGAACAGCAGAGCCAAGAGGAGGGAAACCCUCUUCUCAGCUUUACGAGCACACCGUGGAAGGAGGGGAAAAGCAGGUGGUGUUUACCCACCGCAUUAACCUGCCCCCUUCGGCCGGCUGUGGCUGUCCCCCAGGCACUGAGCCCCCGGUCCCUGCUUCAGAGGUGCAGGCCCUGAGGGUCCGGCUAGAGAUCCUGGAGGAGCUGGUGAAGGGGCUCAAGGAACAGUGCACUGGGGGAUGUUGUUCUGCUGCUGCCCAGGCUGGCACAGGCCAGACAGACGUCCGUAGCCUCUGCAGUCUCCACGGUGUGUUUGACUUGAGCCGCUGCGCCUGCUCCUGCGAGCCAGGCUGGGGGGGGCCCACCUGCUCGGACCCCGCAGACGCCGGGGUGUCCCCUUCCCCCCCACCUGCUUCCGGGUCCUGCCCGGACGACUGCAACGACCAGGGGCGCUGUGUCCGCGGGCGCUGCGUGUGCUUCCCCGGCUACAGCGGCCCCAGCUGCGGCCGGCCCUCCUGCCCCGGGGACUGCCGCGGCCGCGGGCGUUGCGUGCAGGAGGUGCCAGCCGUUGAGGGCAUGAGGAUGCAUCUCCUGGAGGAGACGACAGUCCGGACAGAGUGGACCCGGGCUCCUGGCCCUGUGGAUGCCUAUGAAAUUCAGUUCAUCCCCACGACAGAGGGGGCGAGCCCCCCAUUCACUGCGCGGGUGCCCAGCUCUGCCUCAGCCUAUGACCAGAGAGGACUGGCCCCUGGUCAGGAGUACCAGGUCACUGUCCGAGCCCUUCGAGGGACCAACUGGGGCCCUUCUGCCUCCAAGACCAUCACCACCAUGAUCGAUGGCCCCCAGGACCUCCGGGUGGUGGCUGUGACUCCAACCACACUGGAGCUCAGCUGGCUGCGCCCCCAGGCCGAGGUGGACCGAUUUGUGGUGUCCUAUGUCAGUGCUGGCAACCAGAGGGUGCGGCUGGAAGUGCCAGCUGAAGCAGACGGAACACUGCUGACUGACCUGAUGCCAGGCGUGGAAUAUGUGGUGACUGUCACUGCAGAGCGGGGCCGGGCAGUAAGCUACCCGGCUUCUGUCAGGGCCAACACAGGGUCCAUCCCCUCAGGCUUCUUGGGGGCCACUGAUGAGCCUCCUCCCUCAGGCCCUUCAACAACUCAAGGGGCUCAGGCCCCAGGCCUGCAGCAGCGCCCCCAGGAGCUGGGAGAGUUGAGAGUGCUGGGCAGAGACAAGACAGGGCGCCUCCGCGUGGCCUGGACGGCCCAGCCUGACACCUUUGCCCACUUCCGGCUGCACCUCCGGGUGCCCAAUGGGCCAGGAUUGCAUGACCAACUGCUGCCAGGGGAUGUCCGCCAAGCACUGCUGCCCUCACCCCCUCCUGGAGCCCCCUAUGAGCUGUCACUUCGUGGGGUCACCCCUGAGGGCAAGCCCUCUGCCCCUCUCAUCUACCAAGGCAUUAUGGACAGGGAUGGAGAAGAGCCUGGGAAGCCCUUGGCCCCACCGCACCUGGGCGAGCUGACAGUGACAGAUGUGACUUCCAGCUCCCUGCUCCUGCACUGGACAGUCCCAGAGGGCGAGUUCGACUCCUUCGUGAUCCAGUACAAAGACAGGGACCGGCCCCGCGUGGUGCCUGUGGAGGGGCUCCAACGUUCAGCUCUCCUCACCAACUUGGACUCGGGCCGCAAGUACAAAUUUGUCCUGUAUGGGCUUGUGGGCAAGAAGAAGCAUGGCCCCCUGGUGGCUGAAGCCAAGAUCUUGCCUCAGAGUGAUACCAGCCAAACAACCCCACCCCGCCUGGGAACACUGUGGUUGACAGAUCCCACCCCAGACUCGCUGCACCUCUCCUGGACUGUCCUUGAGGGCAAGUUUGACUCCUUCGUGGUCCAAUACAGGGACAGGGAUGGACAUCCCCAGGUGGUGCCCGUGGAAGGACCCGAACGCUCAGUCACUGUGUCCCCCCUGGACGCUGACCACAAGUACAGAUUUGCUCUAUUUGGGAUUGCCAACAAGAAGCGGCAUGGCCCCCUCACAGCUGAGGGCACCACUGCCCCGCAGAAGAGAGAGGAGCCAGGCCACCCAGAGCCCCCUGAUCAGCCGCUGCUGGGAGAAUUGACAGUGACUGACGUGACCCCAGACUCCCUGCGCCUGUCCUGGACAGUGGCCCAGGGCAACUUUGACUCCUUCAUGAUCCAGUACAAGGAUGCACAGGGGCAGCCCCAGGCAGUGCCUGUCAAGGGAGAUGAGAGCGCGGUCACUGUCCCUGGCCUGGAAUCUGACCGGAAGUAUAAAAUGAACCUCUACGGCCUCCAUGGCAGGCAGCGCGUGGGGCCUGUGUCUGUGGUGGUCACCACCGCCCCCCAGGAGGUUCGGGAGGAGACUCCGAGUCCCACAGAACCCAGCACGGAGGCCCUGACAUACCCAGAAGAGCCCCGCCUGGGGGAGCUGACUGUGACAGACGCCACCCCCGACUCCCUGGGCCUCUCCUGGACUGUCCCCGAGGGCCAGUUUGACCACUUCCUGGUCCAGUACAAGAAUGGGGAUGGGCAGCCCAAGGCGGUGCGGGUGCCGGGACACGAGGACGGGGUCACCAUCUCAGGCCUAGAUCCAGACCACAAGUACAAGAUGAACCUGUAUGGCUUCCACAAUGGCCAGCGCCAGGGCCCUGUCUCUGCCGUCGGGGUGACAGCUGCAGUGGAAGAGACCCCCAGCCCCACAGAACCCAGCACGGAGGCCCCAGAGUCCCCCGAGGAGCCCCUGCUGGGAGAGCUGACGGUCACAGGGUCCUCCCUGGACUCGCUGAGCCUCUCCUGGGCCGUCCCCCAGGGCCACUUCGACUCCUUCACUGUCCAGUACAAGGACAGUGACGGGCGGCCCCAGGUGGUGCGUGUCGGGAGUGAAGAGAGGGAGGUCACUGUGCGGGGCCUGGAGCCGGGGCGCAAGUACAAGAUGCACCUGUACGGCCUGCACAGGGGGCGGCGAGUGGGCCCCGUGUCCACCGUGGGCCUGACCGCUCGCCCAGCUCCAGACUACAAAACUGUGACCACCCAAGUUCCGCCUGCCACAACCCCCGAGCCGCCCAUCAAGCCGCGCCUGGGGGAGCUGACUGUGACGGACGCCGCCCCCGACUCCCUGGGCCUCUCCUGGACUGUCCCCGAGGGCCAGUUUGACCACUUCCUGGUCCAGUACAAGAAUGGGGAUGGGCAGCCCAAGGCGGUGCGGGUGCCGGGACACGAGGACGGGGUCACCAUCUCAGGCCUCGAGCCAGACCACAAGUACAAGAUGAACCUGUAUGGCUUCCACAAUGGCCAGCGCCAGGGCCCUGUCUCUGCCGUCGGGGUGACAGCUGCAGUGGAAGAGACCCCCAGCCCCACAGAACCCAGCACGGAGGCCCCAGAGUCCCCCGAGGAGCCCCUGCUGGGAGAGCUGACGGUCACAGGGUCCUCCCUGGACUCGCUGAGCCUCUCCUGGGCCGUCCCCCAGGGCCACUUCGACUCCUUCACUGUCCAGUACAAGGACAGUGACGGGCGGCCCCAGGUGGUGCGUGUCGGGGGUGAAGAGAGGGAGGUCACUGUGCGGGGCCUGGAGCCGGGGCGCAAGUACAAGAUGCACCUGUACGGCCUGCACAGGGGGCGGCGAGUGGGCCCCGUGUCCACCGUGGGCCUGACCGCUCCACCACCAGAAGACACUCCUGCAGCCACUGAGUCGUCCCUGGAGCCACGCCUAGGGGAGCUGAUAGUGACAGAUGUGACCCCCAGCUCCGUGGGCCUUGCGUGGACAGUCCCCGAGGGCCAGUUUGAUUCCUUCGUGGUCCAGUACAAGGACAGGGAUGGACAGCUCCAGGUGGUGCCUGUGGCUGCAGACCAGCGUGAGGCCACCAUCCCCGGCCUGGAGCCCAACAGGAAGUACAAGUUCCUGCUCUUCGGGGCCCAGGGAGGGAAACGACGCAGCCCCGUUUCUGUGGAGGCAAAGACAGCUGCCCAGGGAGACGCCAGCCCAGGGGCCCCACCUCGCCUUGGGGAGCUGUGGGUGACAGACUCCACCCCGGACUCGUUGCACCUCUCCUGGACGGUCCCUGAGGGCCACUUUGACUCCUUUGUGGUCCAGUUCAAGGACAGGGACGGGCCCCGGAUGGUGCCUGUGGAGGGCCUUGAGCGCUCGGUCACCAUCACCCCUUUGGACAGCGGCCGCAAGUACAGGUUCCUCCUCUAUGGCCUCCUGGGUAAGAGGCGCCACGGCCCCCUCACCGCGGACGGCACCACAGGUGAGGAGACCCCGAGUGCUGUGGAUGGUGCUGGAACGAAGCAUCCCCCAAAACCCCGUCUGGGAGAGGAGCUGCAGGUGACCAGUGUGACGCCGGACUCUGUGGGCCUCGCGUGGAUGGUCCCCGAGGGCCAGUUUGACUCCUUUGUGGUCCGGUACAAGGACAGGGAUGGGCAGCCCCAGGAAGUGCCUGUGGAGGGCAGCCUCAGGGAGGCCAGGGUCUUGGGCCUGGACCCCGCCCACAGGUACAAGCUGCUGCUCUAUGGGCUGCACAAGGGCAGGCGUGUGGGACCCGUCUCCACUGUGGCCAUGACAGCCCCCAGGGAGGAGAUCGGAGCUGAGACCACGGCCCCAAGCCCUCCAGGGUCUGAGCCCCAUCUUAGGGAGCUGACAGUGGACAAAGCCACCCCGCACACCCUGCACCUGUCCUGGAUGGUCACUGAGGGGGAAUUUGACUCCUUUGAGGUCCAGUACACAGACCAGGAUGGCCAGCUCCAUGUUGUCAGCUUAGGGGGUGACCAGAAUGACAUCACCCUCUCUGGCCUGGAAUCCAACCACAGAUACCUGGUGAAUUUGUAUGGUUUCCAUGGACAGCAGCGCCUGGGUCCAAUCCAGGCGGAGGCCCUGACAGCCCUGAGAAAAAAGGAGGGUGAACCUUCAGAGUGGCCCACCUCAACCCCUGAGCCGCCCAUCAAGCCGCGCCUGGGGGAGCUGACUGUGACGGACGCCGCCCCCGACUCCCUGGGCCUCUCCUGGACUGUCCCCGAGGGCCAGUUUGACCACUUCCUGGUCCAGUACAAGAAUGGGGAUGGGCAGCCCAAGGCGGUGCGGGUGCCGGGACACGAGGACGGGGUCACCAUCUCAGGCCUCGAGCCAGACCACAAGUACAAGAUGAACCUGUAUGGCUUCCACAAUGGCCAGCGCCAGGGCCCUGUCUCUGCCGUCGGGGUGACAGCUGCAGUGGAAGAGACCCCCAGCCCCACAGAACCCAGCACGGAGGCCCCAGAGUCCCCCGAGGAGCCCCUGCUGGGAGAGCUGACGGUCACAGGGUCCUCCCUGGACUCGCUGAGCCUCUCCUGGGCCGUCCCCCAGGGCCACUUCGACUCCUUCACUGUCCAGUACAAGGACAGUGACGGGCGGCCCCAGGUGGUGCGUGUCGGGAGUGAAGAGAGGGAGGUCACUGUGCGGGGCCUGGAGCCGGGGCGCAAGUACAAGAUGCACCUGUACGGCCUGCACAGGGGGCGGCGAGUGGGCCCCGUGUCCACCGUGGGCCUGACGGCGCCCUAUAAGGAGCCUCCUUCCAGCUACCCUUUGAAGCCCCGCCUGGGGGAGCUGACUGUGACGGACGCCGCCCCCGACUCCCUGGGCCUCUCCUGGACUGUCCCCGAGGGCCAGUUUGACCACUUCCUGGUCCAGUACAAGAAUGGGGAUGGGCAGCCCAAGGCGGUGCGGGUGCCGGGACACGAGGACGGGGUCACCAUCUCAGGCCUAGAUCCAGACCACAAGUACAAGAUGAACCUGUAUGGCUUCCACAAUGGCCAGCGCCAGGGCCCUGUCUCUGCCGUCGGGGUGACAGUGGAAGAGACCCCCAGCCCCACAGAACCCAGCACGGAGGCCCCAGAGUCCCCCGAGGAGCCCCUGCUGGGAGAGCUGACGGUCACAGGGUCCUCCCUGGACUCGCUGAGCCUCUCCUGGGCCGUCCCCCAGGGCCACUUCGACUCCUUCACUGUCCAGUACAAGGACAGUGACGGGCGGCCCCAGGUGGUGCGUGUCGGGAGUGAAGAGAGGGAGGUCACUGUGCGGGGCCUGGAGCCGGGGCGCAAGUACAAGAUGCACCUGUACGGCCUGCACAGGGGGCGGCGAGUGGGCCCCGUGUCCACCGUGGGCCUGACCGCUCCAGACUACAAAACUGUGACCACCCAAGUUCCGCCUGCCACAACCCCCGAGCCGCCCAUCAAGCCGCGCCUGGGGGAGCUGACUGUGACGGACGCCGCCCCCGACUCCCUGGGCCUCUCCUGGACUGUCCCCGAGGGCCAGUUUGACCACUUCCUGGUCCAGUACAAGAAUGGGGAUGGGCAGCCCAAGGCGGUGCGGGUGCCGGGACACGAGGACGGGGUCACCAUCUCAGGCCUCGAGCCAGACCACAAGUACAAGAUGAACCUGUAUGGCUUCCACAAUGGCCAGCGCCAGGGCCCUGUCUCUGCCGUCGGGGUGACAGCUGCAGUGGAAGAGACCCCCAGCCCCACAGAACCCAGCACGGAGGCCCCAGAGUCCCCCGAGGAGCCCCUGCUGGGAGAGCUGACGGUCACAGGGUCCUCCCUGGACUCGCUGAGCCUCUCCUGGGCCGUCCCCCAGGGCCACUUCGACUCCUUCACUGUCCAGUACAAGGACAGUGACGGGCGGCCCCAGGUGGUGCGUGUCGGGGGUGAAGAGAGGGAGGUCACUGUGCGGGGCCUGGAGCCGGGGCGCAAGUACAAGAUGCACCUGUACGGCCUGCACAGGGGGCGGCGAGUGGGCCCCGUGUCCACCGUGGGCCUGACCGUCCCAGACACAAAACCUUCUCCUCGAUUGGGGGAGCUGACAGUGACGGGCGUGACUCCAGACUCCGUGGGCCUCUCCUGGACGGUCCCCCAGGGCAAAUUUGACUCCUUUGUGGUCCAAUACAAGGACAGGGAUGGGCAGCCCCGGGUGGUGCCUGUGGCCACAGACCAGCUAGAGGUCACCGUCAGCAGCCUGGAGCCCAACAGGAAGUACAAGUUCCUGCUCUUCGGGCUGGCAGGCAAGAAGCAGCUCGGCCCUGUCUCUGCUGAGGGCACCACAGCUCCCCUGGAGAAGUGGCAGCCCCCACCCCGCCUGGGGGAGCUGACGGUGACAGAUGAGACCCCAGACUCCCUGCGCCUUGCGUGGACGGUGGCCCAGGGUCCCUUUGACUCCUUCAUGGUUCAGUACAGGGACACAAACGGGCAGCCCCGGGCAGUGCCCAUGGCUGCAGACCAGCGGGAGGCCACCAUCGAUGGCUUGGAGCCUGGCAAGAAAUACAAGUUCCUACUCUAUGGGCUCCUAGGAGGACAGCGCCUGGGCCCUGUCUCUGUCCUGGGAGUGACAGCCCCAGAAGAGGACACACCUGCCCCCUGGCACCCUGCCACAGAGGCCCCUGAGACCCCUGAAGGGCCCCGCCUGGGGGACCUGUCAGUGACCGACAGGACACCAGACUCCCUGCGCCUCUCAUGGACGGUGUCUCAGGGCCCCUUUGACUCCUUCGUGGUGCAGUAUUGGGACACAAACGGGCAGCCCCAGGCCUUGCUUGUGGGUGGCAACCAGAACAAGAUCCUGGUGUCAGGCCUGGAGCCCAGCACCCCCUACAAGUUCUUCCUCUACGGCCUCCACACAGGGAAGCGCCUGGGACCUGUCUCAGCUGAGGGCACCACAGGGUCAGCUCCUGCUGGUCAGACCCCAGGGGAGCCAGGGCCCCGGCUGUCCCAGCUGUCUGUGACCGACGUGACCACCAGUUCUCUGCGACUCAACUGGGAAGCCCCCCCUGGAGCCUUCGACUCCUUCCUGAUCCGCUAUGGGGUCCCAUCAGCAAGCAUUCUGGAGCCCCGUCCACGCCCCUUGCUGCAGCGGGAGGUCACAGUGCCAGGGACACGGCGCUCAGCGGUGCUCCGGGACCUGCGCCCUGGGACCCUGUACAGCCUCACAGUGUAUGGUCUGCGUGGGCCCCACAAGGCCGACAGCGUGCAGGGCACUGCCCGGACCCUCAGCCCAGUUCUGGAGAGCCCCCGUGACCUCCAAUUCAGCGAAAUUGGGGAGACCUCAGCCAAGGUCAGCUGGAUGCCCCCACCAUCCAGAGUCGACAGCUUCAAAGUUUCCUACCAGCUGGCAGAUGGAGGGGAGCCACAGAGCAUGCAAGUAGACGGCCGAGCCCGUACCCAGAGACUCAAGGGGCUGAGCCCAGGUGCUCAAUAUGAGGUGACCGUGGUGUCCGUCCGAGGCUUUGAGGAGAGCGAGCCUCUCACAGGCUUCCUCACCACAGUUCCUGAUGGCCCCACCCAGCUGCGUGCGCUAAACUUGACGGAGGGAACAGCUGUGCUGCACUGGAAGCCCCCUCAGGCUCCUGUGGACACAUAUGACGUCCGGGUCACAGCCCCAGGCGUCCCCCCUCUGCAGGCCUCGGCCCCAGGUAGCGCCAUGGACCACCCCCUGCACGGCCUCGAGCUCCACACCAACUACACAGCCACGGUGCAUGGCCUUCGGGGCCCCAACCUCACCUCUCCAGCCAGCAUCACCUUCACCACAGGCUUGGAGGGCCCCCAGGACUUGCAGGCCAAGGAAGUGACACCCCGCACUGCCCUGCUUACUUGGACUGAGCCCCAAGUGCCGCCCACUGGCUACCUGCUCACCUACGACACCCCUGGUGGACGGACCCAGGAGAUCCUGCUCCCAGGAGGUGUCACCUCUCACCAGCUCCUGGGCCUCUUUCCCUCCACCACCUACAGAGCCUGGCUCCGGGCCAUGUGGGGCAAGAGCCUCACGCCACCCAUGUCCACCUCCUUCACCACGGGUGGACUGCAGAUCCCCUUCCCCCGGGACUGUGGGGAGGAGAUACAGAACGGGGCGGGCACUUCGAGGACCACCACCAUCUUCCUCAAUGGCAACCGCGAGCGGCCACUGAACGUGUUUUGUGACAUGGAGACUGACGGGGGCGGCUGGCUGGUGUUCCAGCGCCGCAUGGACGGACACACGGACUUCUGGAGGGACUGGGAGGACUAUGCCCAUGGUUUUGGGAACAUCUCCGGAGAGUUCUGGCUGGGCAACGAGGCCCUGCACAGCCUGACCAGAGCCGGCGACUACUCCCUGCGUGUGGACCUGCGGGCUGGGGAUGAGGCGGUGUUUGCCCAGUACGACUCCUUCAGGGUAGACUCGGCCGCAGACUACUACCGCCUCCACCUGGAGGGCUACCAUGGCACGGCAGGGGACUCCAUGAGCUACCACAGCGGCAGCGUCUUCUCUGCCCGAGACCGAGACCCCAACAACUUGCUCAUCUCCUGCGCCGUCUCCUACCGAGGGGCCUGGUGGUACAGGAACUGCCACUAUGCCAACCUCAACGGGCUCUACGGGAGCACAGUGGACCACCAGGGAGUGAGCUGGUACCACUGGAAGGGCUUCGAGUUCUCCGUGCCCUUCACGGAAAUGAAGCUGCGACCCAGAGGCUACCGGGCGCCCGCC